AUGGUGUCAGAUCUACGCCGCCCUAAUCCUUGCGCUCUGCAUUGUUGUAUGCAGAAAGUUCCCGAUACCGUUCGGGACUCGGACGUGGGCUCCGGCCUGCUAGCAAUGAGCGCGUUGAUCUGGGUUGUGAGGCGGUUCCAUCUCCUCACCGGUGACCUCUGUCGCAUUGCCACCAGCAUGGACAAGCCCACCGUCUCGGGGUUGAAGGCGCUGCGGAACGAGAUGGUAGCCCUCAUCAAGAAGCAAGUCCCGCUCAUACGGUCGGGGAAAAUCGUUGUUGCUGCCGACGCCUGUGACGACGACGACGAGGAAGUCCAUUCUGCAUCCGUAGCAGUAGGGGUCGCCCCGAACGUCGCUGAUGAGCGUGGCAAGUCGGGAGUCGGCGUCGACGAGGCUGAUGCGGCCGCAGGAAAGGGGGUGACCGGGACUGAGGUUGUUCACGGGGAUGAUGAUGGGGUCCAGGAUCGCGAGGAGGAACGUGAGGGUGAGGGGGGCUCUGAGGAGUCGUCGUGGUCGAGGUCGGGGUCGGGGUCGGGGUCGGGGUCGGGGUCGGGGUCGGAGUCGGAGUCGGAGGAGGAGCAGGAGCAAGAGCAGGAGACGCAGGAGCAAGAGAGGCAGCACCAGGAGGAGCAGCUGGUAGAGGUGGAGGACGUGGAAAUGGCGGAGGGGUACGUUGUUGGAGGAGCGGAGGAAACGGGUGGGAGAUCGGCGGAUGUCGAGAACGACGAAGGGGAGGGGAAGGGUGCGACAGCGGAUCUCGGCGAGGUCGGCGUGGAGGCGGCUCACGGAGAUGGUGGCAUGGUCGAGGUCGGUGAAGGGGAUAACGCCGCGGUCCCGAAGCAGAGGGACGUGGAUGUGCAUACCGAUGCCACCGCGGAGAAGGCCGGGGGGGAGCGGUCUAGGAGGAAGAAGGCGGCGAGCGGUCAUCCCGGUUCCACCGCGACUGGGCGGCAGGCGCGGCUGGACGUCGUCCAUCAGCUGAGAGCGGAGAACAGGCGAUUGCGUGCAGACAAUGCACGCCUUGAACGGCGGCUCGGUGAGCAGACGGGGCGUGUCGACAGCUUGGCGGCGGCUUUAGCUGGGCUCCUCGAGAAGGUGAAGGGUUUGACCGCCCAGGUCGCCGACACCGACCGGAAAUCGGAGGAGCGCCUCAAAGAGGCCACGUCGACCAUGGCGACCACAAUCACCGAGGGCCUGACCGACAACAUGGACAGCGCAAUUCAAUCGCCCAAGUCCUUCGCCGAGCUAGCGAGGCAGAUGCUGCUGGAUCUUGACGACCCCAAGGGACGAGCGGCGGUCGCACGCGCGACCGCGGUGAAGACAUUGACCGAGCACGUUUCGGCUGAGGUGGGCGAGGCGAGGAAGGGAUUGGAGGAGUCGUUCAUAAAAUACAUCGGCGCCGCGCAGACCAACAUUGCCGCCGCCGUCUCGCCCCGCCUAGUCCAGCCGUCGCCGCCGACCGCCCCAGCGCAGGCCUUGCCGGAAGAUUUCCUGAAGUCUUUCAAGGAGGACGUGCUGAAGGCGGUGACGGAGACCACGCAGCAGUUCUUUGUCGCCUCCGGACUGAAGAUAAUGACCGAGGUCGUCGGCACGGUGGCGACUCCUCGGCGUGGGUCGUCGCCGUCGGCAAACGACGCCGGCCAAGCGCAACCUACGGAGGGCUUCAAGCUGGGUCACAAGAGGGGGGGAGGCGGCGGGGGGGGCGACGGGGACAAUUCGGCGAACACGAAGCGGAGCAAGGGAGGCGGGGGGUCUCGCGUCGCCGGCGACGGGAGCAAGGGGGGCGGAGAAGGAGGCGGCGGGGGGAGGGGGGGACGGAGACGAUUCGGCGGGCGCGAGUCGGACCAAGGGAGCGAUUGCACGGGCCAUGGUGGUGGGGGUCCCGCCGACGAGCAUGCCACUGGUGACGCACUGCCAAUGGCUCCGCCUUCGGUCGGCGUUAAGCCACCACGACAGGGUAGCGGUGAGAAAGGGCUGCGCGACAAGGAGAAGGCCGCCGCCAAAACGGCCCUAGGCGGGUCCGGGAAAGCUGACCAGGGCCCAAAGACAGGGGUUGCGGAGGCGUCAGCGGUUCCUCACCAGUCUCCCGCGGGUGCACGCCAUCCGACCGGACCGUCUGCGGGGCGACCUGCCGACGUCCCGCGCCAUGCCGACGUACCGUCUGCCGACAAGCCCCCCCCUGCUGUCGACGUCCCAUCGGCCAGUGUGCCACGUGUAGUGCCGGUCGUCGCCGCCCGUACUCCUGCAGACCCAAAGUCCGAGUUGCUGCGCGCCCAGCUGAGCGCACUAGCGUCGACUUCGAGGACUCAGCAGGCUUCUGGCUCUGGCGCUAAGCCGUCGUCGGCGAAUGUCGCACCACCCACCCAUGUGGCAGCUGAUGUGGAGAAGGCGGCGGAGAAGGGCGUUCGUGCCGCGCUUGCCACCGGCGGCGGCACCGUUGAGGAGGUCCCCGCAGACGCUGAUAUCGCUGCCAUACAAGCCCAUCUAGAUGUAGCCAAUCCCCGAACCCUGGCCAUCUCCGACACGGCACAUGUGGAGCCUUUGGCGGGACUCGUCGGCAUUGCGGCAGAGCCUAGUGUAACCGGUGAUGCGGUCGGUGAAGGAAAGUCGAAACGGAAGGGGAAGGCGGGCUCACAGAGGAAGACGCGGGAGAAGUCGGAUGUGAAGGCGGCGGAUAAACAGAAGGGGAUGGCGGCGGAGACGGCGGCGGAAAAAGAUGGAGGCGGCAUUGCGGAGGUUGAAGGGAAAGGGGAGAAUCAGGAGAAGUCGCCCGGCGAGGGUACGUCGAGGGGGAGGAAGGGGAAGGACAAGUCGGUCGGAGAAGGUGGGUCGACCGGGAGAAAGGGGAAGGAGAAGGCGGUCGGCGAGGGUUCCUCGAAGGGGAGAAAGGGAAAGAGGAAGGCGGAGGAGGAGGAGGAUGAGGAUAUUGAGGAGGUGGAGCAGGUCGAGCAAGAGGAAGAAGAGGAGGAGGAGGAGGAGGAGGAGGAGGAGGAGGAGGAGGAGGAGGAGGAGGAGGAGGAGGGGAAGGGCAAGGAGAGGAGGGGUCAUGGCAUCCGACACGAUACCUCGGGCGACAAGCAAGGGUGGGUGGGCAAGAUUAAGGUGCACGGCAUCAAUCGAUACAUCGGCAAGUUGCGGGACAAGAUGGAGCUCGCGUACGUUCACUCCAUCGCGUACGUCAUCUACGACGGUUUCGUGAGCAAGGUGCUCAUGACCGAGCUCACCGGCCUGGACAGCGCCGAAUUGGAGAGGUGGAAGGAGGUGUGGGAAGAGGUCAAGAUCUUGCCGACAGGGAUGUGGACGGUGAUGUGGGCCCGGGGUACGCUCCUUCCAAAGACACGGCUGACUAAGAUCCUCGACGCGUAUCGCCAUUACAAGUCCACAGGUGAUGGUCUCCACGCCGCGCUCAUGCCAGCGAUAUGGUACCCAGUCGAUGCUAGCACCGAGGAAGGCCGGGAGAAGUCGGCGUCCAUGCUGUCGGCGAUGAUAGGCCGGGUGUCAAUGUGCGCUGCGUAUGGGAAGACCGCUGCGGCAGCGGCGAAGAAGGAGGGAGACAAGGAGGAGAGGACGGAUAUGGCGGCAUGGGCAUUAGCAGCAUCCGCAUGCGCUGUGUGGUGCUUCGUCGAGAACGGCGAUGCCCAGCUGGCGGAUGCUGUGGAAGAAGGGAAGUCGGCGGCGAUCAUCGGCGGAGCGAGCCAGGCGACCGCCAAUGUAUUCGGAAAAGUCAUGGAGGCGGUGCUGAACGCCGAGAUGAAUAGGGACCGCCCCCUGGGAGAGGUUGCUUACAACGUCGCGCCAACACUCCAGAGGACCGCCCUAGAUAGGGUCUAUCCGGGGGGGAAUGCUGGAGUAGAUGCCGACGUUAUCGCUAGAGCGACGGUUGAAACGAUGGCGUUUUGGGGAAUGUGCCCCGUCGCUGGGCCGGAACUAAGAGCGAGGGACAUCGCGGUGCUGAUUGACGUGCAGAUGAAGGCCGAUCUUGACAACAGGGGGAGGAAGGGUCUGAGGGGCAAGAAGGGGACGAAGGCCAAGGGCGGCACGGGGAAGAAGGGCAAGAAGGUGAAGAAGGACAGCACGACGGCCUAG